AUGAUUAAGGAGUAUGACUAUUUGUUUAAGUUGGUGAUUGUGGGCAACUCAGGAGUGGGGAAGUCGUCCUUGCUAUUGCGAUUUUCAGAUGACACUUUUAGUGAUUCCUAUUUAACUACCAUUGGAGUGGACUUCAGAUUUAAGACUUUAGAGAUUGACGGGAAGAAAGUAAAGUUGUAAAUCUGGGACACAGCGGGACAGGAAAGGUUCCGAACAAUAACCAGUGCAUAUUACAAGGGUGCUGAUGGGAUUGUGAUGGUCUAUGAUGUGUCCUCACUUGCAUCGUUUGAAGAUAUUGAUAGAUUUUGGAUUAAUGAGGUAGAUUCAUAUGCGGAGAAGAAUGUAGAGUUACUGUUGUUGGGAAACAAGAGCGAUAUCGAAGACAAAGCUGUCACCACGCAAAAGGCUCUAGAUUAUGCAGCCAUAAGAAAGAUGGGGCAUAUGGAAGCAAGUGCUAAGACUGCCGAUUAAGUAUCCAAAGCUUUCAUUUAACUUGCAAAGAAACUGAUUGUGAAAAAGGAUUCUCAAGGACAGAAAGGUUAGGGACCCUAGAGAAGUCAACAAACUCCAGGCUAGAAAAUUGGCCCACAAGCAGACGAUAACAAAAAGGACAAAGAAAAGUGUUGUUGAAUAUAUUAAUAUUGAGUUUUUACUAAUC